UAACCCAUAGAGAGCAACAUCGACAUAAACUAUCAUCAGCUAGCUGCGACAGCGAGCUAGUAGAAGCCAUGGACAUGGGCGGCAAUGGCAUGGCGAUGCCGCCGCCGCCGGCGCCGGUGAAGAAGGCGCGGUACAUGCACAUGACCUUCUUCUGGGGCAAGAACACGGAGGUGCUCUUCACCCUGUGGCCGGGCGCCAGGGGCGGCAUGUACGCGCUCGCGAUCCUCUUCAUGUUCGCGCUGGCCGUGCUCCUCGAGUUCCGCGGCUACCGCGUGCUGGAGGCGCGCCUCGCCCGGCGGCGCGCGCCGCGGGCGGCCGCGGCGCUGCGCACGGCCGUCCACGCCGUGCGCGUCGGCGUCGCAUACCUCAUCAUGCUCGCGCUCAUGUCGUUCAACGGCGGGGUGUUCCUCGCGAUCGUGGCGGGGCACGCCGCCGGCUUCCUGGCGUUCCGCGCCGGCCUGUGCGGCGGCGGGCCGGCGCCGCCGCUGGAGGAGGACCGCAAGAACGACCCCGUGUGCUGCUAGUAUGGCUUAAGCUGUCUCGCUCGUCAUGGUGUUCACGUGGCCUUUUCGCUUAAUUUGUUGAUGUUUUGUGUGUGUGCAUAUAGGUUUCAGGUGAUUGAAAUCUUUGAAAUUUGGGUCGGAUGAUCGAGUUUGUUUGGUUGUUUUGUUUUUCUCUCGUAAGGUCUACAGAUGUGACAUGAAAGUUAAUUUCUUGAUGUCAUCUUGGCUUGGAAUCUAUUACUAGUGGUGUCUGUCAAACUGUAAUUGUAUAGCAUAUGUCACUCAUUUGAUUGAUGCUGCCUCCCGGCUUUAGUUUCAAUUGUCUCAGAUUGGUUAUUAUAGUGUACCUGCAAAACUGUUCUUCAA